UAACAGGCAAAAAAAAAUGGUAUCUCAAAAACUUUUAUUUGCACAUCUUUUAUAAUGAGUGAGUCUGAGCAUCUUCUUCUAUGUUCCCGGGCUAUUCAACAUUUUGUUUUAUGUGGACUGACUAUUCAUGUCCUUUGCCCAUUUUUCUAUUGGGUUUCUGGCCCUGUUCUUACUAGUUUCUAGGAGCUCCUGAUAUAUCAGCGCUAAGCCGUCUUUAUAACAGCAUCUAUAACUUCGGAGUUUCCGCAGAAGGCUUCCCUCCUUUUCUUCGUGCUGGUGUGUUGGCUUGCCUGGGGGAGCCAGAGACCUGGGAAAAGGUGCUCGCCAGGCUCCACAGGGUACUAGGGUCUAAGUCAGGAGGAGUAGCACAGCCGCUCUGAUGGUGGGGCUCGGCUGGGAUGGUGGGGCGUCCAAAGGGCCCAACCAACGGCAGGUCGGAUUGGUCAGGGCCAGGAAGGUCACUCAUCCCUAAGGUCCCCUCCCAUCCAAAUGCGGAGACACACAGGGGUGACAGGAAGUUGUUCUGUUGCUGUCCUGAGCCCAAGGACCAGGGGUCCCCUCGGCUCCCCAGAUCCCGCAGGAUCUCACCUCCGCGUCCCUGGGAGCCAGGGCCAGGCUGCCCGAGGGGCCGUCCACUAGCGGGAGGCUGUGAGCAGGACCGACGCCUCCCGGCUGGCGAGCACAGAGCCCCCGCCGCUGCGCUCCCCAGAGCCCGCCGGGGCGGGAGUGGAAGUCGGAUCCCGCUCUUUCGUUUUCGUUUCCCGGAAGGAUAGCGAUUACCGGAGCGCCCUGUGAGCCUGCUGGCCGGGGGUACCCGAGGGUACACUCCCCGGCGCUUCUCGAAAGAGAUUUUCUCCCACGCGACCUUCCAGUUUGGGGGCCCAGUUAAGGGGUGAGGGAAGGAGGGCCUGAGAGCGCCCAGCAGCCGCGGCCAGUGGAGCGCUCACGACUGACGGCCGGUGGCUCUCUCACCUCCACCUGUAAUGCAGGAGGGAGCAUUGGCUAGCUCUUCUGUGAGGCCUGAGGCAGCCACACCACCCCCAGGCACCCAGGCCAGAUGUGAAGCUAGAAUGAACUUCCUGGAUGAAGGGGGAAUCUGCAAGCUGCCAGGAAGACUCCGCAUCCAGCCGGCACUCUGGAGCAGGGAGGACGUGUUGCACUGGCUGCGCUGGGCUGAGCAGGAGUACUCUCUGCAGCGCACUGGGGAGCAUGGGUUUGAGAUGAAUGGCCGAGCCCUCUGUAUUCUCACCAAGGAUGACUUCCGGCUUCGUGCACCUGGUUCAGGUGAUGUCCUGUAUGAGCUGCUUCAGUACAUCAGGACCCAGAGGCAAGCCUUAGUGUGUGGACCCUUUUCUGGAGGGGCCUUCAGGCAGAAGAUGCCCACUCAGCACUGCCCCUGCCUCCUGGAAGAGGGGACUGGGCCCCCUCAGUUGGCCCCCCGAAGGGAUCUCCUGCAGCAACCAUCACACCUGGGGCUUGCCAGCUCCUUGAGUCCCCUGGCCAAGGGGCCCCUUGGCAGGGAGGCGUCCCUCAACGUAUCUCACUGUGUGGAGCUGGGCUGCAGGGCUGAGGGAGCCUGCUCCUUCCCCACCAUGCCGCAGGCCCCCAUUGAUGGCAGGAUCGCUGACUGCCGGUUGCUGUGGGAUUACGUGUAUCAGCUGCUCUCUGACGCCAGGUACGAGCCCUACAUCAGGUGGGAAGACAAGAAUGCCAAGAUCUUCAGAGUUGUGGAUCCAAACGGGCUUGCCAGACUCUGGGGAAACCAUAAGAACCGGGUGAACAUGACCUAUGAGAAGAUGUCUCGUGCCUUGCGUCACUACUAUAAGCUGAACAUCAUUAGGAAAGAACCCGGGCAGAAACUCCUGUUCAGAUUUCUGAAGAUACCUGGGAAGGUGAGCCAGGACGGGGACAGCCGCCUGGAGCAGCCGGAGAGCCGGGAGCAGCACAGGAUGGAUUUCAAGGAGGAGAUGCUGGAAGUCUCUCCGUGAGGGGCAGGAGGAUUCUGGGCACCAAGGACUGAUGGGACAGAAACGGAGUCUCCCUUGAAGGCAGCUAGCUGCCUGGUGGUCUCCACCUUCCUCACGGAGCAGCAGGAAUCCCCAGCGGGUUUUGCACUCAUGGGAUCAUAACCAUUGUCUCAGACCUCCAAGCUGCCUGGGCACCUGGGAGGCUGAGAACAGGGAGGCCUCACAUUCUGGACACUGUGGGGGGGCAUCGUUCUUGGGUAGGGUAGCACUGGGGCUCAGUGGGGCAUGGGAAGUGAACCCUCUCUCUGCCCUACCCCUUGCUACCUGCCCAGCUUGGGAGCGGUAGCCGGGGGCUGAGAGAGCAUCCAGCCCAGCUCCUUCAACUUACAGAAGAAGGUAGCUUGAGGCCCCUCACCGAGCCUUAGCUCUUUCCUAAAAGGGACAUGCUCCUGAAAACCAGCCCUCUGGGGGCUGAUGCUGGCAUAUGAGAAAGGAGUACCCUUUGUCGGUCUUAGUAGUAACAAUAUAACAAUGCUGACAUUUAA